AUGAGUGGGGACGAACAGGAUGAAUACGAUGAACGACCUGAAACAGACGAGGAUGAAGACAAUAACGAAGAUUCGACAAGAAGUGAUGGCAAAUCGAAUAAUUGGGAACAGGAAGCUUUAGAGGCGCACAAUGAAUUUCGAGCUCACCAUGGUGUUCCUCCGAUGGUACUCGAUCAGAGGAUUAGUCGCAAAGCUCAGGCCUAUGCUGACUAUUUGGCAGCAAAUAAUCUACUCGAGCACAGUACAAAUCGUGAUGGCCUCGGUGAAAACUUGUAUACGCAGAGUAGCACACAAUCAUUAAGAAAUGAACAUCUCGGUGAGAUCGCUACUAAAAAUUGGUAUGAUGAAAUCGAAGAUUACGACUUUGAUAAUCCCGGAUAUUCAAGCGGAACUGGUCAUUUUACUCAAGUCAUUUGGAAACAAUCAACGAAAUUAGGUGUUGGAGUGGGUUUCAGCAAUAACGGUAGACAAGUAGUUGUUGUUUGUCAGUAUGGUCCGGAGGGUAAUAUGGAGGGAGAAUUCGAAGAAAACGUUCCGCCUCCCGAGUAA